CUGUAUGUGUGUGUAAGCUGCCUCCUCUCGUGUUGAUGACGACUGACUGCCACCGAGUCUGACGGUGAACAAACGGGAUUUAAAAAAAACACACACACACUCCAGGAAAACCGUAACACGGCGAUACUUUUUUCAAAACCGGUGACCUGUCCUGUCCAAGCCACCACCGGGUCAGUCCGAAACGAUGAGCGAGCCUCGGCCGGACGAGUUCAAGCCUCCUCCGGAGUGCCCGGUCUUCGAGCCCAGCUGGGAAGAAUUUAGAGAUCCGUAUGCCUUCAUCAAUAAGAUCCGUCCCAUCGCCGAAAAAACUGGCAUUUGCAAAGUCCGGCCGCCUCCGGGUUGGCAGCCUCCGUUUGCUUGUGAUGUUGACAAACUUCACUUUGUCCCUCGGAUCCAGAGGCUCAAUGAGCUCGAGGCACAGACCAGAGUCAAGCUCAACUUCUUGGACCAGAUUGCCAAAUUUUGGGAUUUGCAGGGAUGUGCCCUGAAGAUCCCGCAUGUGGAGCGGAAGAUUUUGGAUUUAUAUAAACUAAAUAAGCUGGUAGCAGAUGAGGGUGGAUUUGACAUUGUUUGUCGGGACAGGCGAUGGACCAAGAUUGCACUACAAAUGGGCUUCGCCCCCGGCAAAGCUGUCGGCUCACACCUGCGAGGACAUUAUGAGAAAAUUCUUUAUCCCUACAAUGUGUUUCAAAGUGGAACAAACCUGCUGGCACCAGAGCCAGCUUCCAAACUGAUGUGUUUGGAGGCUGAUCCUGAACUUGAAAAGUGUGUUCAGAAGCCAGUCCAGCCAUUGGAGAGUCCAGUAAGCAUGGAGAGCAUGGACACCAAGGAGAACAAGCUGCAGGAUCAGGCUCAGAGGCAGCCUGCCCAGACGCCAGACACUUGUCCCAGUGCUCGCAGAGCCAAGCGCAUGAAGUGUGAGGCCUUCUGUGUGAAGACUGAACCGGGUGAGCCUGGUGAGAGCAAGCCGAACCUGAGGCGGAGGAUGGGCUCUUUCGUUGCCAAGCAAGAACCAGAGAUUCCAAUUCCAGUGAAACAGGAACCAGUUGAAAGUAAGGAACCAAUAAUUGAAGCUGAAAAAUCCAAACCACGGUACAAGAAAUUCAUCCCUCCUGUUCCUCCGAGUCCAGUGGAUCUGGUUGUGUGUCUGGUGUGUGGCAGUGGGGGAGAAGAAGACCGUCUGUUGCUGUGUGACGGUUGUGAUGACAGCUACCACACCUUUUGCCUGAUCCCUCCUCUGCACGACGUCCCCAAAGGAGACUGGAGGUGCCCCAAGUGUCUGGCUCAGGAAUGCAACAAACCUCAUGAGGCAUUUGGCUUUGAACAAGCGUACAGAGAUUAUUCCCUGCGUGCAUUUGGGCAAAUGGCUGAUGCAUUCAAAUCUGAUUACUUCAACAUGCCAGUUCAUAUGGUACCCACAGAGCUGGUGGAGAAAGAGUUCUGGCGUUUGGUGGGAGCCAUUGACGAGGACGUUACUGUAGAAUAUGGAGCAGAUAUUGCCUCAAAGGAGUUUGGGAGCGGAUUUCCUAUUCCGAAUGGAAAAUUCAAGGUUUCCCCUGCUGAUGAGAAAUACCUCAAGUGUGGCUGGAACCUGAACAACCUGGCAAUGAUGAACCCUUCUGUACUGACUCAUGUGACAGCUGACAUCUGUGGGAUGACGCUGCCAUGGCUUUAUGUUGGCAUGUGCUUCUCCUCCUUCUGCUGGCACAUUGAGGAUCACUGGAGCUACUCCAUCAACUACCUGCACUGGGGGGAACCCAAAACCUGGUACGGAGCUCCUGGUUUUGCUGCAGAACAGCUGGAAGAGGUGAUGAGGAAACUGGCCCCGGAGCUGUUUGAGUCUCAGCCUGACCUGCUGCACCAGCUAGUCACCAUCAUGAACCCCAACACCCUGAUGGCCCACGGGGUCCCAAUUUACAGAACAAACCAGUGUGCUGGUGAGUUUGUCAUCACGUUUCCAAGAGCCUACCACAGUGGCUUCAAUCAGGGCUUCAAUUUCGCCGAGGCAGUCAACUUCUGCACUGUGGACUGGAUGCCACUUGGCAGGCAGUGCGUUGACCACUAUCGGAUGCUGCACCGGUACAAUGUGUUCUCCCACGAUGAGAUGGUGUGCAACAUGGCCUUGAAAGCAGAAACGCUUGAUGUGGUCCUGGCCUCAGCUGUCCACAAGGACAUGGUCGCCAUGAUCCAAGAAGAGCAGAAACUGAGAGAGAAAAUUAAGAAAAUGGGGGUGUUACAUUGCAAGGAGGCAAAAUACGAUCACCUCCAGGAUGACGAGCGGCAGUGUGCCAAGUGCAGGACCACCUGCUACCUGUCUGCCAUCACCUGUCCCUGUAGCCCAGGAGUACUGGUCUGUCUGCACCACAUCAGUAACCUCUGCUCCUGCCCUGUCACCAACUUCACACUGAAUUACAGACACACACUGGACGACCUGUUCCCCAUGAUGAAUGCUGUGAAGCAGCGAGCUGAGCUGUAUGAUGAUUGGGCCUCCCUCGUGACAGAGACUCUGGAGGCUAAACUGGAAAAGAAGAAAGGCCUGCCAGUGUUUCGUUCUCUUCUUGCUGAAUCUGAGUCCAGGCUGUUCCCCGACAACGACUUGCUGCGUCGGCUACGUCUGGUCACACAGGACACAGAAAAGUGCUCCUCGGUGGCACAGCAGCUCUUAAAUGGCAAGAGGCAGACCAGGUAUCGGUGCGGUAAUGGGAAAUCCUGCAGCCAGCUCACUGUGGAGGAGCUGAGUUCGUUUGUGAGGCAGCUGUAUAACCUCCCCUGCAGUCUCCCUCAAGCCCCCAUGUUGAAGGAGCUCUUGAAUCGCAUUGAAGACUUCCAGCAGCACAGCGAAAAGGUCCUGGCAGAUGAAGUUCCCAGCGUCGCCGAGAUCCAGAGCCUCUUAGAUGUCAGCUUUGACUUUGACGUGGAGCUGCCUGAGCUGCCCCGCCUGAGAGUGAGGCUGGAACAGGCACGCUGGCUGGAGGGGGUGCAGCAGGCCAGCGCUCAGCCCGCCACGUUGACUCUGGAGACCAUGAGGAGGCUCAUCGACCAGGGAGUCGGCCUGGCACCUCAUCCGUCCGUGGAGAAAGCCAUGGCUCGCCUGCAGGAGCUGCUCACCGUGUCCGAGCACUGGGAGGACAAAGCGAGCAGCCUCCUUAAAGCCAGACCACCACACUCCAUAGAGACUCUUAGUGCUGCUGCUGAGAAGGCAUCUGGCAUCCCCGCUUACCUCCCAAACUGUCUUCUCCUGAAAGACACCAUCAGAAAAGCCCGAGAGUGGCUUCAAGAAGCCGAGGAGCUUCAGGCCAGUGGUGGCGAACCGAUGGUGGACAACCUCUCUGACAUGGUGCUGCGAGGACAAGCUAUUCAAGUCCACCUGGAGCCUUUAGACAGGCUGGAGUCUUUAAUGGUGGAAGUGCAAGAAUGGAAAGAAACUGCAGCUACAACUUUCCUUCAGAAAGACUCAACUUUUACCUUACUGGAGGUCCUGUGUCCAAGGUGUGAAGUUGGAAAUAUUGGUUCCCUGAAGAGGAAGGCUAAGAAAGGGAAAGAAUCACCUAAAAGCAACAAAAAGAAAACACCAAGGCUCAACACUGUCAGUGAUGUGGAAAAAGCGCUUUCAGAGACCAAGGAUUCUACCUCUGCACUGGCAACUCUGGAGGAGCUACAUUUGAGGGAGAUGGAGGCGUUCUCUAAUCUCAGGGCAGCAAAUGAAUCAAAGCUCCUUCCCACAGCAGACUGCAUGGACCUGAGAGUGUGUGUCUGUCAGAAGGCGCCCAUGGGUGCCAUGCUACAGUGUGAACUCUGCAGGGACGCCUUCCACAGCGUCUGUGUCAAAGACCCCUCAGACUCCUGCGAAACACAGCCAUGGCUCUGUCCACAGUGCCAGCGAUCAGAAAAGCCCCCAUUGAACAAAGUCCUCGCUCUGCUAGCGUCUCUGCGGCACAUAGGGGUGCGCCUGCCGGAGGGCGACGCGCUGCACUAUCUGAUUGAGAGGACAGUCAACUGGCAGCACCGAGCACAGCAGAUCUCACAGUCGUGUAACCUACCAGAACUGGAAGAGAGGCCAGGGACUCCUCCCACCUUAACGCGCUGGGCAUCGGGCAGCCAUGACGCUCAAAACAACACUCAGGCUCCUUGCUUGACUCCAGAGUGGAACAGGACAAGCCAUGCUCAGACGGUCUUCUACACCGAGCAGAGAUGCAUCCCGCUGCAGGGCUUAAGUCGGGAUCUGGAGGAGCUGAUGGUGGAGGGGCUCCUGCUGCAGGUGUCUCUGCCGGAGGUCCAGAGCCUGUACCACGUUUUAUUGGACAGAGCCAGCAGCCAGCACACAAACAGAUGCAUGUCGCCGCCACAGGACACGUCCACAGACUGUGACAAACACAUGCAGUUUAACUCUCAGGGAAACACUCUGCCAAUGAACCAGGAUGGCAUCAAUGGUGUGAGGGGAACUGUGAUUGGCUCAGAAAAGAAAGCAAAGCGGCAUCUGGAGAGGGAAGAUUUAGACGCAGAGCGCAGGGGGAAGGACAAAAAGCACUCUCACAAAAGACAGAAGAUGAAUAAAAAGAAGCUGCAGCGCCGGCCAACCUCGACCUCAUCGUCUCCACGCUCCGACUUCUCUCAGUCCGAUGACUCUGAUGACGAGGAAAUGGCUGUGUGUCCGGCGGAGAGGUGUCAGCUGCCAGAAGGAGAUGAGGUGGCCACAAACACGACUCCAGAUGAAGAACGAUACCGUUGCUCUGCGUCUGCUGGAUGUGUAAAUAAGCAACUGUUGGCUAACGAGUUCACCAUAUCAACUGAAAAAGUGAUACGUGGAUUGGGUCCAGUGUGACGGCAGCUGUAAUCAGUGGUUCCACCAAGUCUGCGUCGGCGUUACGGCCGAGACGGCGGAGAAGGAGGACUACAUUUGCAUGAGGUGUACACUGAACGAUGAACACAUGAGAAAAUGAAGAGAUUUUCCUGAAGGAUGGCUGAAGAGUCGUCAGUCCGUUUGUUGGAGCCACCAGUCUGGAUGUGUCACUGAACCCGUACCCCCCUCACCCCGUCCCAUCUGUCCAACCCUUUUGUAACAACGGUGCUAUCUCCUCUUUGACUUGUUGUCCAGAACUAUAAUGUUUUAGUUAUUUUUUUGUAUUUUUACAUAUAUAUUAUAUAUAUUUCUUUCUUCUUAUGACUUGUUUGUGGUUGUCUAAAAGAAAAAAAACACAGGAUGUGAAGUGUGCUGCAUGGGAUUCCAUUACAUCAGCCCGAAGGAGUCUUACAACACGAUGCACCCAGGGUUAAUCGAGGGUUAUUAUUAUCUUCUCCUGAACCUCCUUGCAUGUUAAACCAGAGCUAAGGGGACAGAAGUCAAGGUUUUCAUCCACUAUCCCCCCAAAAAAUGACUAUUACAAUUUGUUUCUUUGAAAUCCAGUGUUUAGUACAUGCAUCUUAAUAUAAUUAUUCCCUUUUUUUUGUAGAAUAGGUUUAUUUAUCUGAGCAAUAAUUUUUGUCUGAAUUGACUUAAAUGGCUUGAUCUCGGCUGAGUUGUGUUGGUGCUUUAACGAUGGUGUGAUGUACAGAAAGCUACGCAGAUGGGUGGAUUACAGCUCUGCAGUGGCGAUGUAGCAGGACAAUGCUGACAUGUGCCGCCACAGCGUGUAACCCAGCAGAGGAUACUGUGGGAAGGACUCGGGGUAGCUGAAGAUGUUACAAGUUUAUAUUGUGGAAUAAAGCCCUUUUGUUCUA